AUGCACUUCACCCAGGCUCUUACCGUAGCUCUUUCGCUUUCGGCCGCCGCCGUUAAGGCUGCUCCUCUCCGAACCGGUCAGGAGACCUCCUCCAAGCUUGCACUCCGCUCUGUGCACGAGAGCCAGAUCGCGGCACGCGGCAUCGACAAUGCUCUUAGCUCGCAGCCGAUCCAGGCUCGUGGUCUUGACUCUGUCACCCAUCUUCGUCGCGCCAUCGACGUCCACUUUGGUCACCUCGACCCUCAGGCACGCGACCUUGCCUUGGUCACCGAGCUUCACCGACGAGGCCUCCUCGACCAGCUGGUUGCUGCUCUGCGCGACCUCAUCAUCACGCUUCUGGGUAAGGGUGGUGGAAUGAGUCGUCGACAGGCUAGCACCGACCAGCUCGAGCAAGCCAUCCACCAAGUCACCUGCAUCCUCGAUGCUCUCUUUGGCAACACCGAUAACUCCUGCUCGGACGUCUUUGGUGGAGCCACGAAUGCUACCAACGCCACCGGCGCUGCCACUGCUGCUGGCAAAUCGCCCGUCGAGAAGAAGCUCGCAGCACUUGGUGCUCAACUUCGAAAUGCUACCAGCAUCACCCAGGCCGUGGACGGGCUUAUGGCUCACAACGUCACUGCUGUUCCCAAGCAGAAGGGCGACAAGAAAGCCGACAAGAAGGCCGCCCAAAGCUCCACCACCACUACCGCUGCUGCUGCCCAGAAGCGCUCGUUCGAGUCGCUCGAAGCGCGUCAGAGCUCGGGUGUCGAGGGUCUGCUCGUCGCUCUUCGCGAUGUCGUCGACACCAUCCUCAACACGCUGCUGCCCAUGGCGUCGCGUGGCAACGACGACACAACCACGUCGACCUCGUCCGCUCGUUGGCCUCCUCAGGACUGCCCUCCUCCGACGCCCAACGACGGCAUGUACCGCCCCGGAUGCCCAGGUUACGGUCGCCGUGACCUCGCCGUCCGUAGGAGCAUGGACGCGCUCGGUGAGCGCGACGCCAACAUUCUCCAGUCGGUUCUGCCCAUGAUCGAGAUGCUGCUUCAGCAGCUUCCUCAGCUCAUCCAGUCGAUGUCGUCGUCUCCCACCUCGUCCGCCGCCAACUCUGCGGCCACUGCCGCGUCGGCAACGGGCAGCGCCAAGGGCGCUUCGCCCACCGAUAUGGUCGACAACGCCUUUUCGCAGAUCAUGUCUGCUCUCGGCUACGCCGACAGCCCCAGCCCGAGCCAGGGCUCUUCGUCGGCCGGCAAGGCUUCCGCCACCAGCAGCGCCGCAGAAAAAGCCUCGGCUACUGGCAUCUCGUCGACCGAUGGUGCCAGUUCGGCUGCACGAAGUGCUGCCAACCUCAGCCAGAACUUUGCGCGCGAUCUGCUCAACGGCGACGGCAUGAACCUCGGCAAGCGCCAGACGGCCAACCCUACCGGCACCACCGACGACGGCAGCAUCGGCAGCGACAACUGCGAUGCCAGUGGCAACUCGGGCGGUAUCAACGUCAGCCUGCUCAACAACCUUCUCAACGGUCUGCUGAGCGGCUUCGGACGACGCAGCGAGGAGUACGUUCCCGUCGAGUUCUUCAAGAGGCAGACGACGGGUGUUACUGGUGACGAUGGCAACGCCAUCGGCAGUGGUAACUGCAGUGCCAGCGACAAUUCCGGUGGCAUCAACGUCAGCCUCCUCGACAACCUCUUGAACGGUCUCCUUUCUGGAUUUGGCCGUCGAGAUGUCAGCGACGGCGACAAUGCCAGCGACAACCACGGUGGCAUCAACAUCAGCCUCCUCAACAACCUUUUGAACGGUCUUCUUUCCGGACACCAGCGUCGUGACAUUGGUGACGGCGACAACGCCAGCAACAACCACGGUGGCAUCAACAUUAGCCUCCUCGACAACCUUCUGAACGGUCUGCUUUCCGGAGCGGCCCGUCGAGAUGUUGGUUCCGAGACUGCCGCCCCCCUCGAAGCCCGUGCCGACUUUGCGCCUGUUUGGAAGCAGAUCAAGGCACUCGGCAACGAGCACUUCCACUCUGCUCGCGAUGUCUCCACCGAUGAACCUGCCACCAAGCGCGCUGCCGACAACACCGACGCACCCAACUUCACCCCUGUCUGGGAAGCCUUCCGCGACCUCGUCGACAGCGGAUACGAACAGGCCGCCGCCCACACUGCCGGUGCCGAACGUCGUGACGCCGCCUCUCUGAAGCUCGACUACAAGCCUCUGAUGAAGGCUGGUGUCAAGUUCGGCAAGCAGGUGUUCAAGUCUUUCACCACGCACCACGCCAAGCGCUCCACCGACUACAAGCCAUUCGUGGACGCUGCUAGCAACUUUGCAGUCACCGCUAUCAAGGAGAUGUUCCACAAAGCUUAG